AAAAACAACCGUCGACAUGCAAAAGUACAAGGUUAGGACAACGACAGGGCUUAGCCCUUCAUGUGGAGCAUGCAAGUUCCUCAGGAGAAAGUGUACUACUGACUGCAUAUUCGCUCCUUACUUCUCUUAUGACCAGGCUGCAACCCAUUUUGCAGCAGUGCACAAGGUUUUUGGUGCUAGUAAUGUCUCUAGGUUACUGCUACACCUACCAGUGCAGACUAGGAGUGAUGCUGCUGCCACCGUGUCUUAUGAGGCGCUGGCUCGGAUGCAUGAUCCUGUAUAUGGUUGUGUUGCUCAAGUCUUUGCCCUGCAGCAACAGGUUGCAAGCUUGCAAGAGGAAAUAGAUAAACUUGGUCAUUUGAUGGCCAACUCUCCUGUUUGUGCUGCCAAUUCUGGUGGUGGCAGUUCUCAAGCCUCAACAAGCAGAAACAUAGAUGGGAUAGAAUUUUCUUGGCAGCAAGAUGCAACAAAUACGCAGCUUUAUCAUAAUCAACUAGCUUCUUUACUUUCUCACCAAGGAAGUGUUGCGGCGUACCAAGGCUUGGAAGGACAGGUGAAUUUGGAUUUGCCAGAUGCUCUUCAGUUGGAAGACCACUUAUUUGAUGAGUCCGACCUUAAUUCAUUGGAGAAGCUCCUAUCAGGAAUUGACCAACAGGUUUUCAUCAAUCAUCCUUGAUCCUAAGUCCAACCAUUUCAAAAGGUUAAAAUAUCAAGCCUGGAACUAAAACAUCUGUUUAUCACGUGAAGUACCUUGCAUGAUAAGACUGCUUAAAAUCGAGCUCUGUUGUGAGUUUUAACAACCAUUUUACCAUCCAAGGAAAGCAAGCCGCCUCUCUUUUGAGCUGGCUUUAUCCCAGUUUGGUCACCCAAAUCACUAUCAUUUGCAGAAAUAUUUAAUCUCAUCCCACAAGUUUAAGUUGCACUUUGUAUUUACUUGAAAUGUGCUAAAGCUUGUUCACUUAUGGUCCCACACAUGCACAUCCUGGACUACAAGCCUCAAAUCUCACGUCAGAAGUCUUAAUCAUUCGAAUAAGAUUUAUGACAAAUUAUUUUAUUUAUGACCAAUUAUUGUUAAGUAACAAUAAUUGGUAGUCAUGAGUUUAGUUACCAUACA